AGGAAGUGUUUGAGCCAGCAUGCAUUUUCACUUAUUCCAACGAGUGUGCAGCGUGUGCAGCUUCCCGGCAAAAUAAAUUACGAUCGUGCAGCACAGCACCCAAUCACUUUUAUUGACUCUUAGCAAUUCGAAGCGAGACAGAGCCUCAACAGCUUUAUUCUUCUUUACAGCUCGCAAGCGCAACAUUAAAAUGCCGCGUCUUUCGGAGAUUCGGGGCGCAAUCUCCAAGAACAGGAAGCGCAUGGAGGAGCGCAAGGAGAGGAUGACGCACCACGCAUCGGUCCAACACGGGAUGUCCCAGGUCAGCUUCAAUGCAGCGGAUCUCGACAGCGAAAAGCACGAGCAUGCCGAGACGUUUUUCGCGGAGCACUUCGGGGAGCACGUGGCCGGGUUGAGUGGCGGUGUGAGGCAGUUCGAGAAGGGACAGGGAUUAAAGGAACGUAAUGGAAAAAGUUUUUGCUGCUCGUCCACGGAUUCAUUCUUCAUAUUUUUGCUUGCACAGUAGAAUUUGAAGUAUUGACUUGAGGCUUUGCAUGUUGAUGUCGAUUCACGAUUGUGCUUAUUGUUAUUUCGCAAUACAACUACACCUUACUACUUUCAUCACCGGCGUAUACAAAAAAACUUUCACUUCCACCUACAGGUAAGGUCAACGACAUGAAUCCUGUGAAGAGGUUUCUGUACCACCUGACCGCUGCCCCGCUUUUUGAAGGGUUUGUGAUGCUGGCCCUCGUGCUGGACAUUUUUUGCGUGAUCUCGGCGGAGCAGACCUCCGCCGGCUUCGCCUUCAAAGAUCACAGUGGCUACACGACAGCCGCGGACGAGACCCUGGUGCUUUUUUACAACCACGACACCAACAGCGUGGGCAGGAACGCCGGAUUUCCGGUUUCCCUUGCCGCGCGGCGACAGCUGGGGACUACUUCGGAUUAUUCGGUGGCCGAAUCAUAUGACAGAAGCAGGACGCUGCUGUACAACAGUUACGGCGAAGGAGAUGUUGAGAUGACUCAAGAGCAAACUGCUUUGUUCGCCGAGGAUCAAAGUGGUGCUUUGGCAGAAGAUCAUACGGAAAAACCAGCACCUUGGUUUAUUUCAGCCCUCUUCUCCUCCUUCGCGGUUCCAGAUGAAACAACUAUUUCAACAUCAAGGAGAACGACCCGUCUCCUCGCCUCCUCCGGACCGAAAAUUUCCAAGUGCUACGUGGCGUGGGCCUACGACUGGCACCACUUCUUCGUGACCUUGUCGAAGAUUAUUCUCACUUUUUUCAUCGUGGAGAUUUCCGCCCACGUCUACGUGAACGGUCCCUACGAGCACUUUUUCGUGGGCCACGGGUCGAAAUUCAACAUCGCGGGGCACUGGAUCGACGCCUUGGUGGUGCCAUCCUCCUGGUUGAUCGAGUUUUUUUUCGAGGAGAAGUUCAAUGGGAUCGGGUUCCUGAUUUUUCUCCGGCUCUGGCGCGUGAUCCGGAUCAUUGCCGGGUUCUAUCUCUCCGUUUCCAUGAUGCAGGAGCAGCACCACGCGUACGAGGAGCUAGCGGAGUUUACCAACAUGGUCACGGGGUUUCUGGAAGACUGCGACCUGAUGAACAAGUUCGAGCUGUACGAGGAGAAGUGGCACAAGCGAAAAUCCGGUUACGGCUUCGGCUCCACGCUGGAACUGGGGCACGCCGCCACCAGCUUGGAAUUGUCGAAACCGAGGGGGCCGGCGCAGGCGCGGGAGGUAGACGGUUUGACAGACGACGACGCGCCGGACGAGGGCAUGUCUACUCCAAAGGACGGAGGUGCUGUAGAUGGUGUACCUGGAGAAGCGAAUGCAGAGGACACCGCAGCCACCUCCGGCGCACCGGUGGUGAAAAAGGAAACGCGGAAAGAGAGCAUUGCGAUCGCACAACGCUUGGCCACGGAAAUCGCGAGAAUGGAGGCCAAAGGGGAAAGUUUGCCACAUCCCGCGGAUCUCGAUGUCUGAGAUGAAGAAUCAGAUGAAGGUCAUCUUGUUCGUUGUAGAGGAAGCUACGUACGAGGAAACGGCUCUUCUUUAUUGGAACUUCGUCGACCACCGGCUCCCGGCUCAAUUGCAAUUGCAGUUCGGUUUUAUGUUGUUCUUUCGAUGAAAAUCAGAAUCGAAGUGGAUCUUUCACAUCACUUUUUUGCUUAUAGUAUUCACACCUUUGUUACUGCUGACGCGGAGCUCCUUCAUUUUGGAAUCUUAAGAAAAGUACUUGACUCGUCUACCCUUGUUACCAUAUUAAUCCCCCUUUAAAAUUUUGAUUCUUGGUGGUGCUCCCCCCGGCACAGACAAAAAUGGUUUCAAUCAAUAGAAAUAUCACAAACUAGAGCACUCUAUAUAUAUACGUCCUUUGUUCCUAGAAGCGUUUCAGUUCGAG